AUGGUCGUCCUCAUACGCGGCUGCAACUUCAGCACCGCGGACAGCUCCCACUCCACCUCCAGCCCCGGCACCGACCUCUCCCUGCGGGACUCCCCGGAGGCGGCGUCCCAGAGCCCCGGUGUCCUGAACCCCGGUGGCCUGAGCCGGAGCGGCCACACGGUGGUGGCCGUCUGCCUCGGCUUCAUCCUGGUGGCGGGGAUCCUCAACAACCUGCUCGCUCUGCUCGUCUUCGCCAAGUUCCGCUCGCUGUGGACGCCCAUCAACCUCAUCCUGCUCAACAUCAGCCUCAGCGACAUCCUGGUCUGCGUGUUCGGGACUCCCUUCAGUUUCGCUGCCAGUCUGCAGGGAAGGUGGCUCAUUGGGGAGCACGGCUGCAAGUGGUACGGCUUCGCCAACUCGCUCUUCGGGAUCGUCUCCCUGGUGUCCCUGUCCAUUCUCUCCUAUGAGCGCUGCAGCACCGUGCUGCGUUCCUCCCAGGCCGACAUCUCGGACUUCAGGAAGGCCUGGCUCUGUGUCGGAGGCUCCUGGCUCUACUCUCUCCUCUGGACCGUGCCGCCUCUACUGGGCUGGAGCAGCUACGGGCCUGAGGGACCGGGCACUACGUGUUCAGUCCAGUGGCACCUCCGCUCGCCCACCAGCGUCUCGUACGUGUUGUGUCUCUUCAUCUUUUGUCUGCUGCUGCCCCUUCUGCUCAUGGUCUACUCCUAUGGACGAAUCCUGGUUGCAAUCAGGAGGGUGGGUAAGAUCAACCUGCUGGCCGCUCAGCGCAGAGAGCAGCACAUCCUGGUGAUGGUGUUGUCCAUGGUGUCCUGCUACAUGCUGUGCUGGAUGCCCUACGGCAUCAUGGCCCUGAUUGCCACCUUCGGACGGCUGGGACUGGUCACUCCCAUGGCCAGUGUGGUGCCCUCGGUCCUGGCCAAGCUCAGCGCAGUCAUCAACCCUGUGAUCUACAUGUUCUUCAACAACCAGUUCUACAGAGGCUUUGUGGCUCUGAUGAAGUGCAGAGACGAACCUCAUUCUGUUCAUGAAGAAGUGCACCCGACCCCAGGGACACCGGCUUCAGGCCUCUACCCCUCCCACAAGCAUCAGGCCUCUCUCCUCUCAGCCCCAUCUCCAAUCCACAGCAGCCCUGGAAACGCUGCCCCCUGCAGCCGGCACAGUGAACAUCACACACUUGUUGUUCAUUUCACUCCUUAG